GCCACCUGCUGUGAGCCAGCAGCGACUCCGCAGUGACACGGUACCAAGGCAGAGUAACAGGACAAAUCGGUUCUCCCUAUGGGCGCACUAACCAACCAGCGAACCGAAACAGUUUCUCAUACCGGUCCAAUCAGACUUCACGAGAAGUCACCCACACGAAGUCUGUUUAUAGUAGCCCACCCAACCAGAGAGCUGAUCGAACUUGGCAACCUGCUGUUGUUGUUGUUGUUGUGUUGUUACAAGGCAAGCAGGAGAGACAGUGCUCCUUGCUAGGCGACGGGUCUUAUCGUUAACCUCGGUUAGUUACCCCACCCUCAUCGGAGGAGCCUCUUGGAUGGAUACAUCAUGGCUACGUUUGUCUGCAGGGUCCAGUUCUUAGACGAUACCGAUCCAUUCAACAGCACCAAUUUCCCGGAGCCGACCAGACCGCCACACUACACGUUCCGAGAGGAUAUCCCGCUUAUCAAUCAGAUAGCAGGAGUCCACCGGCUACUUAGAGCCCCGCAUAAGCUUGAUGACUGUGCGUUGCAGCUGUCCCAUAAUGGAACCUACCUGGACCUGGAGUCUUCUCUGUCUGAACAGAGGGACGAGCUGGAUGGAUUCCAGGAGGACAUAGCAGGGACCAGAGGGAAGAAGCAUAGUGUUGUCUUGCGGACCCAGCUGACUGUUCGAGUACACGCUUGUAUCGAAAAACUCUACAACUCCAAUGGACGUGACUUGAGGAGGGCUCUCUUCUCUCUCAAGCAGAUAUUUCAGGAUGAUAAGGACCUGGUCCAUGAGUUUGUGAUGGCAGAGGGCCUUACCUGUCUCAUCGAGGUUGGAGCAGAGGCCGACCAGAACUACCAGCAUUACAUCCUUAGAGCUCUGGGACAGAUCAUGCUGUAUGUGGAUGGGAUGAAUGGAGUCAUCUGUCAUAUUGAGACCGUCCAGUGGCUCUACGCUCUCAUUGGCUCAAAGUUCCGCUUGGUGGUGAAGACAGCUCUGAAGUUGUUGCUGGUGUUUGUGGACUACUCAGAGUCCAACGCCCCUCUACUUAUAGAGGCCAUCACUACUGUAGACACCAAGAGAGGUUGUAAGCAGUGGUCUAAUGCCAUGGAGAUCUUAGCUGAGAAGGAUGGAGUGGACACAGAGCUCCUGGUCUACGGUAUGACCCUCAUCAACAAGACCCUAUCAGCGUUACCUGACCAGGACUCCUUCUAUGACAUGGUGGAUGGGUUGGAGGACCAGGGGAUGGAGGCUGUAGCGAAGAGGUUCCUGGGGAGGAGAGGAACUGACCUGGACCUGAUGGAACAACUCACUAUCUACGAGGCGACUCUACGUCAUGAGGACGGUGAUGAUGAAUCUAAUCCUCCCGCAGGGCUCUCUGGCCUCAAGGACCGCCGCCGCGCCAGCUUCGGGGACAAGAGGAGGGGCCUGGAGAGGAGGCGGAGCCGCAGAGCAUCUCUCGGGCGGUCUGGGAACGUCUCGCCCUGCAGCCCUUCCACUCAACACUCCGGGUUCCAACCCUUCAAGGGACGAGGAGGAGAAGACAUGAGCAAGAGAACUGGAGCUCAAAGUACUCCCGUCACGCCAGCAAAUAAGUCUCCUCUGGGUGGUCUCCUCUCCUCCUCCUACAGACAGCAUCAGGAGUCUCUGUCGGCCGAGAGAGAGAGACGUCGUGCAGAGAGAGAGGAAAGACUGCAGAGGAUAGAGAGAGAGGAGAGGAACAAACACAGUCGAGACUAUGUGGACAAAAUGGAAGAGGCCAGGAUGGCACGGGAUGAGAGGUAUAGGCACGUGGAGCGCUUGGCAGCAGAGGAGUUUGAGAGGGACCGCGUGCCCAGGUCACGCCCUGACCUGAGUUUGACCUUUAACCCAGUGGAAGCCUGGGCCCCCACCUCGUCCCGCAGCACCACCCCCUCCUCCCUGGCAUCUCAGGAUGAGGAACAGGAACCGGAGGAACCAGACACAGAACCUGAUGUAGAACCGGAGGAGGAGACUGCUGUUACACCAUACACACCCUCGGUGACUGAAGAGGACUUCACUGCUUGUCUAGAAGAGAAGGAGGCAGAAGAGGACUUCACUGCUUGUCUAGAAGAGAAGGAGGCAGAAGAGGACUUCACUGCUUGUCUAGAAGAGAAGGAGGCAGAAGAGGACUUCACUGCUUGUCUAGAAGAGAAGGAGGCAGAAGAGGUAAAAGAGGAAAGAGAAGAUCAGGAAACAGAGGAAGUAAAGGAAGAAACAAAAGCAGGGAAGGAGGGAGAAGAAGAGGAGGUGCGGGAGGAGCAAGAGGUUUUAACAUCGCCGGAGAAGGAAGAGGAGAGGGAGGACAGGGAGGAGGACAGUGGGAUCCUGAGCGACAAGGAACGACAGAAUGAAGAAGUGAACGAGAAAGACAACUGCUCAGCCUCCAGUAUCUCCUCUGCCAGCAGUACCCUGGAGAGAGAGGAGAGGGGGAGCAAUGAGAACGGUCCGUGGACCCAGAGUGUUAAGGAGGUGGAUGUGAACGAACAGUGCAGCAAAAUCCUCAACAGCAAACGCUUCAUGCUAGACAUGCUCUACUCCCAGAACAAGGAGCCCUGCGAGGAGGAGGAGGAGGAGGACGAGGAGGAGGAUGAGGAUGAUGAGGAGAGGGGGAAGGAAAAAGGAGUGAGGGGAAAGGCCAAUCAGGAAGCCGUCCAACCUUCUGACAAGGGAGAGGAGAGCACGCGGAAAACCGACUUCCCGGAAAAAAAAGAAUCUCAGUCCAACGUAAGAGUGUUCGCUGAACGUUUCGGAGAUCUAGUAAAAGGACUGGGUUCGCCUCCCAUCCCCCUCAAUAGCCCCUCUCACGAGGCCGUCGUUGUAGAACAAGAGAAGGCCCCUCCGCCUCCCCCUAAGAAGGAAUCAGAUACCAUCUGGGACCAGCUCCUGGCCAGUCCUAGGGAGCUGCGCAUCGGAGACAUCGACUUCACAGACCUGAAAGAAGAAGACGAUAAAAACAUCCUGGAUGCCAGUCCGAUGGGAGGUUCAGACUCCCUUUGUCCCCCUCCUCCCCCACCCCUUAACCCUUACCUCCCUUACUGCCCCCCACCACCCCCAAUGCCAGGGAUGAGAGGCAUGCCGCCUCCGCCCCCCUUCAUCUCCGCGGCCCCAGCCCCUCCAACUCCUUCAGAACCGGUCCAGAAGAGUAAGAAGACGAUCAGGUUGUUCUGGAACGAGGUGCGUCCGUCAGACUACCAGUACAUUAGCAGCAGGAGCAGUGGAGACUCUCUGUGGUUCAAACUGGAGCCGGUCAAGAUAGACACGUCCAAACUAGAACACCUCUUCCAGACCAAGUCCAAGGAGAUGCCUGUCACCAAGAAAACGGCAGCGGACGGUAAACGUCAAGAGGUCAUCGUUCUGGACUCCAAGAGGAGUAACGCCAUCAACAUCGGACUGACCGUCCUGCCUCCUCCUCGCACCAUCAAGACCGCCAUUCUUAACUUUGAUGAGUACGCACUCAACAAGGAGGGCAUCGAGAAAAUCUUGACGAUGAUCCCUUCGGAGGAGGAGAAGCAGAAGAUCCAGGAGGCUCAGCUGGCCAACCCUGACGUCCCCCUGGGCUCAGCAGAACAGUUUCUCCUCACCCUGUCCUCCAUCAGCGAGCUGUCUGCCAGACUACAGCUCUGGGCCUUCAAGAUGGACUAUGAGGCUACAGAGAAGGAAGUGGCAGAGCCGCUGCAGGAUGUGAAGGAGGGGAUGGAGCAGCUGGAGAAGAACAAGACGCUACGUUACAUCCUGUCUACGCUGCUUGCUAUAGGAAACUUCCUCAACGGCACCAAUGCCAAAGGCUUUGAGUUGAGUUACCUGGAGAAGCUUCCUGAGGUGAAGGAUACGGUUCAUAAACAGUCUCUGCUGCACCAUGCCUGUUCCAUAGUGGUAGACAACUACCCUCAGAGUACUGACCUUUACUCUGAGAUAGGAGCUAUCACACGCUCUGCCAAGGUGGACUUUGACCAGCUGCAGGACAACCUGACCAUGAUGGAGCGCCGCUGCAAAGCAUCCUGGGACCAUCUGAAGGUGAUGGCCAAGCACGAGAUGAAGCCCAGCCUGAAACAGAAGAUGUCUGACUUCCUGAAGGACUGUGCUGAGAGGAUCAUUAUCCUGAAGAUAGUCCACCGUAGGAUUAUCAACAGGUUCCAUGCGUUUCUGCUGUACCUGGGCCACCCAGCCUACGGUGUGAGGGAGAUCAGUGUCCAUCGGUUCAGUAAGAUCCUCAGUGAGUUCGCGCUGGAGUACCGGACCACCCGCGACCGCGUCCUGCAGCAGAAACAGAAACGAGCCGACCACCGCGAACGCAACAAGACCCGCGGCAAGAUGAUCAUGGACGUCAACGCGCCCUCUGAUGAAGAAGAGGAAAUAGAGUCUGCAGGGCAGAAUGUUAGUGCCCCUGUUGGCGGGGUGGAGAGCUUGCAGCCUCAGGGUUUGGGCCAUGCUGAGGAUGCUGCAGAGCAUGAAUUCAUGAAGGCAGUACUGAAGACCAGCCUUCAGGGCAGCGACAGAGAGACAUCAGGGGUGCCGGGGCUACGCACACGUACCAGGUCACGGCCAGGCCGAGGGGGUCGUGUACAACAGGCACCGAUACCCCCCUCGUCGGUGGAGUCUCAGAGGUCAGGUGACGAUGAGGCUGAUGAGAUCAUGAAUCGCAUCGUGAGGUCAGCCACUCAGGGCCCCAGUCAGAGGGCAGUGCCCCGGGAGAGGAGGAGGUCACGAGCCAACCGCAAAUCACUGAGACGGACACUGAAGAGCGGUCUGACGCCAGAAGAGGCCCUACUCCUCGGACUCUCCGACACCGCCGCCGAGAUGCCGGUGUGACAUCAUCGCCCCCGCCACGGCUCAACCCUGAUGACACAGGAUUUGGAGCGCCAUGGAAACGCACCCUGGCUGGAACACCUCCCCCACCAUGUCACGCCUUCACUUCGACCCCGCCCCCAGAACCCUCCGUCAGCCAAUCAGUAGCCUUGUUAGUAGCUUAUGUUGUACCGGUAGUGAAUCACACUUUAGCUUCACGUGUCUGUGGUUGAUAAUAAUAAUAAUGGCGUCUUUGUUGAGGUGUGUCUUCGGAAGCCCUUCAAGGAAAGAAAAGGGAGAUCAUUCAUUUUUGUUGUUGUUGUUGUUAGAAAUGUAUUUUGUGGAAAAAGUCUCAACAUGAUGGAAGUUGGUUGAAUUAGAAUGAAUCUUUAACGUUUGUCAUUUUCAACUCAGCCUCUUGAUUGGAGACAGAUUCAUCACCUUUGAUUUGUAUUUCUAGAUUUUUGUUUAUUUAUCUGUUACAGCCUAUAAAUAUGAAACAAAGAAAGGGAGAAUUGAUGUUGCUUGCUGCAAGUACCUACAGUAGGCCUAUAACCUUUAUUUAAUUUUUUAUUUUUUUUGAAAGUAAAGCUGUGAACUUCAGGGUUUAAGGACAGAAUAAAGUUUGACUCGUUUGUCCGUCCUCUCACAGUAAAGAAU